UGAUAAAAGAAGCGAAGAUCCUUGGCGUAUUUUCUUCAGGAUUUCCAAAAGGAUUUUAAAAUAAUUAUUUGUCGUUUUGCUGUCUCGAGGGAAAAUAACUCACUAUGGAGAUACCUGUCGUAGAUGUCAGUGUGUACGAACUGGAAAAGACCAAUGUAUCAGUUGAUAACUUGGAGAAGAUAAGUGCCGAACUAAGAAGGGCCUUUACCGAGGUGGGAUUUGUUUAUCUGAAAAACACGGGCAUAAAUCAGGACGAGGUGGACAAAGUUAUGGGUGUUUCAAAGAAGUUCUUCUGUUUGCCAGAAAGCAUGAAGAAACCUUUCAGCAGGAGCAGUUUCUCGUGUAAUGGAAACCACGGCUGGGUUUCGGUAGAAACGGAAAGUUUGAAUCCUCGACGUCACGGUGAUCUGAAGGAGGCGUUUAAUACAGCAUCUUUGUGCUCGGAUAUCAAUUGGCCUUCAGAAGGAGUUGAUGAUUUUCGAGAUGUGCAAGUAUCAUUUUUCCUGCGCUGUAAGGAACUUUCUCUCAGAGUGCUCCGAUUGAUGGCUCUUGGUUUGGGCCUGGAAGCAGAGGUCUUUCUCAGUGCACAUAAGCAUAUUGGAAGUGAUGUGAAUGGAACGACACUACGGGCUCUGUACUAUCCUCCGGUGAACAGCACAUGUGUGAAGGGAAAUCAGCUGCGCUGUGGUGAACACUCUGAUUAUGGGAGUAUCACUUUGGUCUUCCAAAGCCCAGAGGGUGGACUGCAGGUCCUGAACCGGGCUGGCGAGUACAUUUCAGCCCCCAGCAUUCCUGGAACAGUUCUGAUUAACAUAGCAGACCUGAUGCAAAGGUGGACUAGCGAUGUCUAUGUGUCUGCCGUUCAUAGGGUUUUGCUGCCCCCUGCAGGUGACUCUGGCACACGUCAGUCUUUGGCCUUCUUUGUACAACCAGAUGAUGAGGCCAUCAUUUCAUGCUGUGAUGGAUCAGAUAAAUAUCCUCCUGUUAAGUCAGUUGAUUACCUUUUAUCAAGGUUCAAGGAUUCUUACGGCAAAAAAUAGAUCCUAAUUAAGUGAAAUUUUUUGAUUUUGUGUUUGAAAAAAAAAU